GAGGACGAAGUGGCGACUCCGCCAUUGACCUGCACGCCGCUGAUCUAUUUCCUCUCUCCCGCGACUUCGAGUCGUAGUUUUCGAGCACCGGGUGGAUGGGUCGUUGGGAAUGAGUUAGCCUUUCUAUCACUCAGUUGCUCUGCGGUAGAAGCCUUCUCGUAAAAGGAAUCCGCCGCCAGUUUUAACAAUAUGGAGGAUUCCCCUCCGUCGGAACUUGAGUUCAGGGUAGGCCAACGAGUGCAUGCAUCUGGUGAUUCACGGAGAAUUGGCACAGUUAAGUAUGUGGGACCUGUAGAAGGCCAUCCCGGCACAUGGGUUGGAGUUGAUUGGGACAAUGGAGAUGGAAAACAUGAUGGAUCCAUCAAGGGGAUACGAUACUUUCGUGCAAAGUCUGAAAGAUCAGGGUCAUUUGUUCGUCCCCAGAAUCUGAGCCUGGGCAUUUCAUUAGUGGAGGCUCUCGAAAUCAGAUAUAGGGGUGACUCUACUAAAGAUGAAGAGGAUGAAAUGUAUGUUCUUUCAGCUAGCAGCAGACGAGUCUCUAUACAACUAGUGGGAAAAGAUAAAGUUCAGGAUAAACUAAGUCGAUUCGAGGAACUGACCAGGGCAUCACUAUCAUAUAUGGGUGUUAGUUCCCCUGGAAUUCCAUGUCAUAUCAAUACUACGGUUCCAAAUAUGAAGGAACUUGAUCUGACUGGAAAUUUGCUUUCUGAGUGGAAGGAUGUUGGUGCAAUCUGCGAGCAGUUGCCUCUUCUUGGGACACUCAACUUAUCCAACAAUUUCAUGUCACCAUACACAUCAGGGCUUCCUUUACUGAAGAACAUCCAUGUUCUGGUUCUAAAUAGUACUGCUGUAGACUGGGUGCAGGUUCAACUGCUUGGACAAUCAUUGCCAACUCUUGAAGAGCUACAUCUUAUGAGAAAUAAUAUAAGCAGAAUACUGCCUACGUCUUCCACUGUGGUUCAGGGAUUUGAUUCUUUGCGGCUUUUGAAUUUGGAUAAUAAUUGUAUAGCUGAAUGGGAGGAAAUCAUGAAGCUCUGUCAGCUAAGAAGUUUGGAGCAGCUUUAUUUGAACAAAAAUUGUUUGAACGGCAUAAAUUAUCCUGAUCAUGCUGGGAAGUAUGAAUCGGAAGUUACAUGCCAUAGGCCUUUUGAGAAUUUGCGCUGUCUUCUAUUAGGUGGUAACAACAUCAGGGAUCUGGCUUCUGUUGAUUCAUUGAAUUUGUUCCCGAAAUUGGUGGAUGUCAGGCUUUCGGAAAACUUAAUUACUGAUCCUGCAAGAGGCGGAGUUCCCCGAUUUAUUUUGAUUGCAAGAUUAGCAAAAAUUCAGAUUCUGAACGGGAGUGAGAUUAGUCCUCGAGAGAGGAAGGACUCAGAGAUUAGGUAUGUGCGGUUGGUGCUUUCAAGGUUGCUUGCUAAUCCUGAAGAAAUCAAACAGCAUCCCAGGUUUUCUGAACUCAAGAAAUUUUACGGAAUUGAAGAGGAAAGGACCUCAACUGGAACUUCAGGCCCACAAACAAUGGCUUCAGGAUUGUUGUCUAUCACUCUGAAGUGCGUGGGACCAUCCAUGGGUGAGAAGCCACCAUUGACGAAGAAACUGCCAGCAGCAACAACAGUUGGGAAGCUAAAGUUACUCUGUGAAAGCUUCUUUAAGCUGCAGUCCGUGAAGCUAAAAUUAUAUCUUCAAGAAGAGGGCUCUCCCCUGCCUCUUUUGCUUGACAACGACAUGGCAUCUUUAUUUGACUUUGGAAUUGGCAAUGAAUCAAUUAUCCUUGUAGAUGAAGAAAGUUAACAUAAGUGUAGGGGAAUUUCUGCAGACCUCGUGGUGAAAUUCUCAUCAUGUUCCGAUUUGCUGCACUGAUAAUCUUACAAGUGAGCUUGCGUAUAUGUCUCUCGAUUUCCCGUGCUGAGUCUUUAUGCAUUCAAAUUCGUGGCUGGUGUAGGCCCGUGCGUUACAGAAAGCUGUCCCAACUGGUGUGGGCCUGGUGCGUUACACGGGCAUGUUUGGGAUCACAUUUUGUAUCUUUAAAAGUGAGUCCUAAAAAAAGGGGACUUCCAAAACCAAAAGGCCAUUUUGGGCCGAAAUAUAUGUUUGGCAUGGCUUUGGAAGCACUUUUGGGGCAAAAGUGAAGUUGAAGUUGAAGCUUUGUUUUUUUUUUUUUUUGGGCUUUUCUUUAUAUUUGAAUUUCCUGAAGCCAACCUUUUCAUAUCUCAUCCAAAUAAAUUUACGUCAAACUGUUUUUUGUGUACAAGGAUGAGCCUUAUUGACUUUUUACCCCAA